AUGGACGAACACGGAGGACGUGACACUAAGUGCAACGAGCCGACACAGGAGGACAAAACACUACAUGACGCCUGCCUCUCCCACGAGGGGAGGCGCGGCCCCCACGGGAAGCGGGGACCCACGCGGCCCUCCGCGGGGGGAGCGCCCUCACGAAGGGGGCCCCCACGCAAAGAGGACCCCCAAGGGAGGGGGGCCCCCACGCGAGGGGAGCCCCCGCGAGAAGGCGGCCCCCACGCGGCCCCCGCCCCCGCGCCCUCCGCGCGGCCCCCGCCGCAGGCCCUCCCCAGCUCCCGCCGCCCGCCGCCUUCCGGCAAGAUGGAGGCCGCGCCGCCGCCGCCGCCGACGCGCCUGACGCGGGCCCGUGACGCCCGUGACGCCCGCCGCGCGCCGCCGCCCCUCCCCCGCUCCCCUCCCCCCGCCGUAACGUCCUGA